GCGAGUCACACGCGAACGCCACGAGCGCGACGCGCGGUCACCGGACACUCAAAAAAAAAUAAUAAUAAUAAAGAAAAGUAAGACCCCCCUUUAUAUAUUUUGGACAUGGACAUCGCAUCCAAGAUGGACCUAAGCGUGGAGCAGGCUCAGUUCGUAGCCCCGGCGUGCUUCUUCGCCACCGCCGCGUCCCAGAGCCUGAGCCCGAGCGAGAGCACCGGCAAGUCGGCGUCCAAGCAAGCCAAGAGGCAGCGCUCGUCCUCGCCGGAGCUGCUGCGCUGCAAGCGGCGCCUGAGCUUCGCGGGCUUCGGCUACACACUGCCGCAGCAGCAGCCGCACGCCGUGGCGCGGCGCAACGAGCGCGAGCGCAACCGCGUCAAGCUGGUCAACAACGGCUUCGCGACGCUGCGCGAGCACGUGCCGAACGGCGCCGCCAACAAGAAGAUGAGCAAAGUGGAGACGCUGCGCUCCGCGGUCGAGUACAUCCGCGCGCUGCAGCAGCUGCUCGACGAGCACGACGCCGUGAGCGCAGCCUUCCAGUCGGGCGUCCUGUCCCCCAGCGUCGCGCACAGCUACUCCAACGACAUGAACUCAAUGGCCGGCUCGCCUGUCUCCUCAUACUCGUCAGACGAAGGAUCCUACGACCCUCUCAGUCCAGAAGAGCAGGAGCUCCUAGAUUUCACCAACUGGUUUUGAACAUCAGGAAGAUCCUGGAGAUUCUCAGCACUCACUCUGGAGGUCCGAGUGCGUCCUCCGAGAGAACACACAAGGCACUGCGUGUGCGCUCCCGUCCGGUUGGAUAGACCCAAGUUUAAAAACAAAGAGAGACUGGGCCAAGAUGAGAGGCCAAAGCGACACAUCAUCGGCCCUAAGUGUCCCGAGCCAAAGGACUUGUAGAGCACACAAGUGCAACAAAAACAAAAAAGAAAGAAAUAAAGUAAAUGCGCAGGGGUUCGCUUUAGCCCAAAGCGCAUUGACCCAACAGAUCCAUUUAAGAUGUACUAUUUUUCUGCAUAUUUGUUCUUAUACUAUGCUAAACCCAAUCACAGAACCGUCCUGUCCUGCACACCAAAAUCCCCCGUGUUGAUGUAACACCUUCAGCUGGACACAGAUUUAGCACUGGAAGAGUUCAUUCAGCAAUGCAGGUGUUCCUUCAACACUCAGCCCGGGGAUUUUGCUGUAACUCUAUGCUUCCAACCCGGCGGAAUUUAUUAUAAUGAAGUUCUAUUUGUAUAAAAAAAAUCACGUUGUUUUUUCUAAAUAUAUUAAACUAUUUUUGUAUGUAUGUAAGAGAUUUAUAGAUGCUGUUUUUGUACACAUUCACUGUAAUAUGUAUAUAUUUUUGGCCUAAACAUAAACAUAGCCUAAACACCGUAUGUUGCUUAUUACCUCUUGCCUUUUCAGACGUGUAGUCUAAAUGCAUCUGUUUACGGUUUUAGGCUUGUUGUUUGUUUCUUUUUUUGUGUGUUUUAUUCCUGGAGUUUGACACUCCAGGGUUUGAUUUCAGCACCGACGUGUCUUAUUUAACGGGAACGACAUGUAAUAUGAAUCGAAGUUCACAGUGAUCAAAGGUUAUGCAGCUAUUGUCCAAACCACGGCGGUCUGUUUUCUCUCCACACUGCCUGUUAAACUCUGAAAAAAAAUGGGGAAAAUGCCUUACAUCCAUAUUUUUACA